AUGCCAAAAAGAUGUGAUAAUUGUCUUGAAAAAUACUAAAGAUUUAUUCGAUACCUAGACCGCAAAGGGUUACUUGGAGAAGUUGAAAUUGAUGAAAUAGAUGACAUUGAUGAGAUUGAAGAGGAAGAAGCCAAUGAAAAAAGAAGUAAGAGAAAGGGCUAGUCUUAUCAGAAUUAGUCAAUUAAAAAUUAAAUCCUAAAUGGCUAUAAUACUGAAGCAGAUAAAUUUAAUCCUUAGGAUUAGUAAAAGAGAUUUUAUCGAGCGCCAAAAGACUUUGAGCCCUAAGAUGUUGCAUUUAUGAUGAAUUGCAAAUUGUGUGGAUAGUAAGAGCCUAUUACACUUGAGAAAGCAAGAUUUUAUGAGGAUUAAUCUACAGCAUCUCUUCCAGAUACCUGUAAAAAGUGUUACUUAAAGCAGUAAUAUUGCCGAGAGACUGAAAUCGUCAUGAAAAUUAAGAGGCAAUUCAAAAGAGAUAUAGGCGGUGGAUUCGCAGUAGAUGAUAAAGAGAGAUAAUAAAAUAUUGAAAGAUUAAUGAAGAUCAGAGAAAAAAGAGCUUUGUGGUUGAAGGAGGUACAAGAAGAUAAGGAAAUUAAAAUUGCCCAAGCUAUUGCUCUGAAUAAUUUCGUGCUGAUUGAGAAAGAUCAACCUCAGUAUAAAUGA